GACUACAUCACGAAUCUCCCUCACCCGGGGGCAGAGAGUGAACAGCAAAAGCUCGGAACCUACAAAUUAAUUGGGGUCUUCAGAUAGCUCAGGGGUAAAUAACUGCUAAAAAGUAAAAUCAUGAAAAUGUCAGCGACCGAGCUUUCCAAGGUUCUGAAAGAGGGAGAACUUGAGAAGAGGAGCGACAACCUCCUUCAGUUUUGGAAGAGAAAGACGUGCGUGCUCACCCCAGACAGUCUGAACAUCUACGCUGACAGUCAGAAGAAGUCCAAGAGCAAGGAGAUUAAACUGCAGUUCAUUAAGAAGUUGGAUUGCGUGGAGCGGACUGGCAAAUUCGUCUACUUCACAAUUGUCACCAAGGAUGACAAAGAGAUUGACUUCCGAUGCGCUGGCGAGGACAGCUGUUGGAAUGCGGUCAUCACAAUGGCUCUGAUUGACUUUCAGAACAGAAAAGCCAUUCAGGAUUUUAAAACGCGACAGGAGACCGAGCGCGCAUCGCCUGACCCGCAAGAGAGGCGGAUGGCCAGGGCUCCGUGAGGGAACCGUAAUAAAAAACCCACCCAAUACAAUUGUCACAUAUGGACCUUGAAGAAAAGUUGGACCAAACGAAGACGUCAACAGGUCAGAAGAUGAAGGAUUGCUCAGGACCUGUGCCUCCUUCUGGUAGCCUUUCCUCGAAGGCUUCUCACAAAAGAGACAGUUUCAAAAGGCAAAGCCGAAGAAUAAGACUGAGUUCUACACCCAUGUCCUAGGUUCAAGUCCACUGAAAAGAUAAACGGUUCAUGGGGCAGUAGAAAUGUGUUAAUUUAUUCUUUUCAGAAGUGUUCUUUUUGUGUGCAGAAGUGUUAAGUUAUUUUUUAUUUUAAUGUGUAUUUAUUUAAAUAAAUAUUAUUUUAUAAAAUCCAUAACAAGUCUGACAUUAUGUGUUAUGAUAGCCAAAAAACAUUGACAGCCUUGACUGACAUAUUUUAC